AUGGCUUCACCAGACUCAGCAGACCCCGGUCUCCAACCACUCGACCCAAAGCUCUUCAGAGACGACGACGACGACGAAGACAUCUUCUGGAAACAGAAACUCAACGCCUUGAUCAACGGCACAGUGACCCCAUCCGAAGCAGCCACAGACUAUGACUCGUGUGUCGUGGAAGACGCCAACAGACGCCACGCAGAGCUCCUCAAAAGACCUGAUCCCAGAAACCUCACGGCCGAAGAGGAAGAGCGCCGCGUGCCGAGUAUGCGCGCGAUCGCACCAAAUCCCAGCGGCGAUAUCCAGCUUCUCUUCCCGUGGAUCGCCACGCUGUGCUCUGCUUUCCCGCCGCAUCACGAGAAACAGACUCGGAUUAUCCGGUUUCUGGAAGCGCUGCGAGACCUGCCCAGGCGUGAUGUCCUGGAUGGUGUGCCCCCUGAAGAUCCCAAUGAGCCCUAUUACACCAUUACAUUAUGGCCACUUGGAGGAGGAUGGAGGGGAUUACCUGAGGUGUUUUUACUUGAGUCAUAUGAAUUCUCCUAUCCAUACUCCCAUAUCGAAACCCCCGGAAGCGAAACCCAGCUUCGUUGGCGCAAUUUCCAAUCUGCCAUUGCACGGCUCACCUCGUCGGGGCUGAUUGACUGCGGGUUCCUCUCUGCCCUCGAGGAUAUUCUCCCCUCCAGCGAGUACUAUCGCGACCUCGAGAAACGCAAGGUCGGAGGGCCAAAUAGAGUCGGGGGUGAUGUGAUCGCGGCGGCGCAGUGGAUUUUAUGGCCGGAGCAGGGACGAUAUGUAUAUCGAGAAUGUAGAACGAGGGAUGAUAUCGAUGGCCCGAGGCAAAUGUGGAGUAUGAAGGGCUGGAGGCAGUGGAAAGAGCAGUUCGGGUUUGUCGCUGGGGAUGAGAGAUUCGGGCAACAGGCACGGGCUGUGGCGAGGUUGGCCCGGCAUCAGAUGUUGGCUUACGAGGCUGAGUUGGUAUAG